GCGGCGGAGCGAAGAUGGCGGAGGGGCUGGAGCGCGUCCGGAUCUCGGCGGCGGAGCUGAGGGGGAUCCUGGCCGCCUUGGCCCCGCGGCCCGGGAGCCGAGAAAACGUGAAGGAGCCCAGGCAGCGGAAAGAUAACAGACGCCCGGAUCUGGAAAUCUACAAGCCCGGCCUCUCCCGCCUGAGAAACAAAUCCAGAUCCAAGGAGCCCUUAGCAGGGGAAGGAAAUCAAUGUGAGACUUUGAGGGAUCGAGCUGCCGGUGAUCCAGAGCCCGCAGCCAUAGGGAACGGCAUGCAGGGUCUCGAAGAGUCCUCCAAGGGAGGAGAUGACCAGAGACCUAAUGGCCCCGCAGAUGCAGAGCCUAAAGAUCCGGAGCCUUUGCCGAAAACCUCUGGGCAGGAAGAUCGAGCCCUCAGGAUUGUUAAGAGAACCAAGAAGCCCGACCUGAAAAUCUACCAGCCCGGGCGGGGACUGCAGACCGUUGCCAAAGAGUCAGCUGGCCGGGCCGACGAGGAGGAGCUCCUCUGCCAGGUGGAGCAGCUGAGGGUGGAGGAAGACGAGGAGCCCGAACGGGGCUUGGGGAAAGAGAGGGGCGAGAGCAGGGCGGGCGAGAAGAGUCCGAGCGGCGACCGGCUGCGGAGCGGCUCUGGGGAGAAGGGAGAGGGGCCGAGGAGGGAGAGCGACGCCACCGCCCAGGGGAAGCCGGGCUCUGCCAAGCGCUACUCGCGCUCGGACAAGCGCCGGAACCGCAACCGCACCUGCAGCACCAGCUCCGCCGGGAGCAACAACAGCACCGAGGGAGCCGGCGGGCCGGACGGCGGGGGUCGGCGCAGGCGGCCGGAGCGGGCCAAGGAGCGGCCGCGGCCGCAGAAGCAGGUGUCCCUGUCCUCCACCGACUCUUUGGACGAGGACCGGGCCGAUGAGCCCCAGAGCUCCGGGCCCAGGCGGAGCUCGGAGAGGAAGAGGCCCUCCGAGAGGAGCUGGUCCGGUCGCGCGGAAGGGGAGCGGAGAAGCACCGGCAAGGAGAACCGGGGGGCCCUGCGGGUCACCUUCGACGCCGAGGCCAUGAACAAGGACGCGCCCGCCGGGAGGACGGACAGACUGAAGCCCGAGCAGGCCUCGGGUGGCGCGGGCCGGGCUCCCGAGAGGCUGGAGAGCGCCACCCCCGGCCGAGACGGCCGGGGCCGGGGCCGGGGCCGGGGCAUCCUGAUCCUGCCUCCCCAGACGUCCUUGGCGGCCGGCACGGCCGGUUCCCCGGAGGCCGCCCUGUCGGGUCCCAGGCUCCUGUUUGGGCUCGCCGGGAAGGGGGCCCGAGGUCGGAGCCGGGGAGGCACCACCCGCCGCCUGUGGGACCCCAACAACCCCGACCAGAAGCCGGCCUUGAAGAGCCAGACUUGCCAGCUGCACUUUCUGGACACGGACGACGAAGUCAGCCCCACCUCCUGGGGGGAUUCCCGCCAGGCUCAAACCUCCUAUUACAAGUUUCAGAACUCGGACAACCCCUACUAUUACCCCCGGCCCCCGGGCCCCGGCCCCCAGUAUCCCUUUCCGGGCUAUUCGCCUCUACAGUAUCCGAUGGGACCCACGAACGGCCUGUACCCGGGGACUUACUACCCCGGCUAUCCCGCCCCGUCGGGACAGUACGUCUGCGGUCCCCUUCCCGCCAAUCCCCUGAGCGCCGAGGACGUGGAGCAGCACGUGAGGAACCUGCAGCAGCAGGAGCUCCACCGGCUCCUCCGCCUGGCCGACAACCAGGAGCUGCAGCUCAGCAAUCUGCUGUCCCGGGACCGGAUCAGCCCCGAGGGUCUGGAGAAGAUGGCCCAGCUUAGAGUGGAGCUGCUCCAGCUGUACGAACGCUGCAUCCUCAUGGAUAUCGAGUUCUCCGACAACCAGAACGUGGACCAGAUUCUCUGGAAGAACGCCUUUUAUCAGGUCAUCGAGAAAUUCCGGCAGUUCCUCAAAGAGACGGCCGCUGAGGACACGGAGCGGAUCCGAAGCAGGUUGUUGGAGCUGCUCGAUGAGGGCACCAGCUUCUUUGAUAGUCUGCUGCAGAAACUGCAGGUGACCUAUCAGUUUAAACUGGAAGACUACAUGGACGGGAUGGCCAUUCGCAGCAAGCCGCUGCGGAAGACGGUGAAGUACGCCUUGAUCAGUGCCCAGCGGUGCAUGAUUUGCCAAGGGGAUAUUUCCAGGUACCGGGAGCAAGCCAACGACACGACAAACUACGGGAAAGCCCGCAGCUGGUACUUGAAGGCCCAGCACAUCGCCCCCAAGAACGGCCGUCCCUAUAAUCAGUUGGCUCUGCUGGCAGUGUACACGAGAAGGAAGCUGGAUGCCGUGUACUACUACAUGCGGAGCCUAGCUGCCAGCAACCCUAUCCUCACCGCCAAAGAGAGUCUCAUGAGCCUGUUUGAAGAGACCAAGCGCAAGGCCGAGCAGAUGGAAAAGAAGCAGCUCGAGGAGGCGGAGCUGAGUCCCGGCCACUGGAGGAAGAGCGGGAAGCCCACCUUCCGGCACGUCGGGGACGACACCACCCGGCUGGAGAUCUGGAUCCAUCCCUCCCAACCCCGUUCCUCCCAGGGAACGGAAUCCGGGAAAGACUCCGAGCAAGAGAACGGCCUGGGCGGCCUGAGCCCGGGCGAGCUGAACAAAAGGUUCAUCCUCAGUUUUCUCCAUGCCCAUGGGAAGCUGUUUACCCGGAUUGGGAUGGAGACUUUCCCUGCCGUGGCCGAGAAGGUUCUGCAGGAGUUCCAGGUGCUGCUCCAGCACAGUCCCUCUCCCGUCGGAAGCACCCGCAUGCUGCAGCUUGUGACCAUCAACAUGUUCGCCGUGCACAACUCCCAGCUUAAAGAUCGCUUCUCUGAAGAAUGUCGCUCUGUGAUCCAGGAGCAGGCCACAGCACUGGGCCUGGCCAUGUUCUCCCUGCUGGUAAAGCGCUGUACCCACUUGCUGAAGGAAUCUGCCAAAGCUCACCCGUCCUCCCCCGAGGGCGAGGGCGACCAGGAUGAUAUCAAGGUGUCGUCUUUCCUCACGGACCUGAAGGAGCUGCUCCCCAGCGUGAAGGUCUGGUCGGACUGGAUGCUCGGCUACCCGGACACCUGGAACCCUCCGCCCACCUCCCUCGACCUGCCCCCGCAGGUGACCGUGGACGUGUGGGCGACGCUGGCCGAUUUCUGUAACGUACUGACCGCGGUGAAUCAGUCGGAGGUGCCAUUGUACAAGGACCCGGACGAUGACCUCACCCUCCUGAUCUUGGAAGAGGACCGACUCCUCUCGGGCUUCGUCCCCUUGCUGGCCGCCCCCCAGGACCCCUGCUACGUGGAGAAAACCUCGGACAAGGUUAUUGCAGCCGACUGCAAGAGGGUCACAGUGCUGAAGUAUUUCCUGGAAGCCCUUUGUGGACAAGAAGAGCCUCUGCUGGCAUUCAAGGGUGGAAAAUAUGUGUCAGUGGCACCCGUCCCAGACACCAUGGGAAAGGAAAUGGGAAGCCAAGAGGGAAAACAACUGGAAGAUCAGGAGGAAGACGUGGUGAUAGAAGACUUGGAGGAAGAUUCGGAGGCCGAAGGCAGUGGGGGCGAGUAUGACAUCCGGGAGCUCCGGGCCAGGAAGCUGGCAUUGGCCAGGAAGAUAGCUGAGCAACAGCGUCGCCAGGAGAAGAUCCAGGCCGUGCUGGAGGACCAGAGUCAGAUGAGGCAGAUGGAGCUGGAGAUCAGACCCCUGUUCCUCGUCCCAGACACCAACGGCUUCAUCGACCACCUGGCAAGCCUGGCGCUGCUGCUGGAGUGCAGGAAGUACAUCCUGGUGGUGCCCCUCAUCGUGAUCAACGAGCUGGACGGCCUAGCCAAGGGGCAGGAGACCGAUCACCGAGCCGGGGGCUACGCCCGUGUGGUGCAGGAGAAGGCCCGGAAGUCCAUCGAGUUUCUGGAGCGGCGCUUCGAGAGCCGCGACUCUUGCCUCCGGGCCCUGACCAGCCGCGGCAACGAACUGGAGUCCAUCGCCUUCCGCAGCGAGGACAUCACUGGCCAGCAGGGAAACAACGACGACCUGAUCCUCUCCUGCUGCCUGCACUACUGCAAAGAUAAAGCCAAAGACUUCAUGCCCACCAACAAAGACGAACCAAUCCGGCUGCUGCGGGAGGUGGUGCUGCUGACGGACGACCGGAACCUGCGGGUGAAGGCCCUGACCCGCAACGUGCCGGUGCGGGACAUCCCAGCCUUCCUCAAGUGGGCGCAGGUGGGGUGAGGUAGCCGCCCCCCCUUCCCCCGGGGAGCCACCCCCGCUGGAACCGUCCGCGUCAGGCCGCUGGGCACAGAGUGUGCGGCGUGGGAGGGGCCCGCGCCCCCUCGCCACCAACCCCUCCCAGAAAAUAAACCAUCCCGUUCAACCCGCC